UCAAAAAGAUGUCCCCCGUCUGAGAGCGAGUACGACAUCCCGGCUAAGAACUGCUACAGGAUGGUGAUCCUGGGCUCAACUAAGGUCGGGAAAACGGCCAUCGUUUCGCGGUUCCUGAACAGCCGCUUCGAGGAGCAGUACACACCGACCAUCGAGGACUUCCACCGGAAACUUUACAGCAUCAAAGGGGACGUUUACCAGCUGGACAUCCUGGACACCUCGGGGAACCAUCCCUUCCCCGCAAUGAGGAGGCUCUCCAUUCUCACAGGCGACGUGUUCAUCCUGGUCUUCAGUCUCGACAACCGUGACUCGUUCCAGGAGGUUCAGCGGCUCAAGCGACAGAUCUUCGAGACCAAGUCGUGCCUAAAGAACAAGACCAAGGAGCACGUGGACGUGCCGCUGGUCAUCUGCGGCAACAAGAGCGACCGCGAGAUGCACCGCGCGGUGCAGCCGGAGGAUAUAGAGCAGCUGCUGGCCGGGGACGAGAAAUGCGCGUACUUCGAGAUCUCGGCCAAGCGCAACGAGAACGUGGACAAGAUGUUCCAGACGCUAUUCACCAUGGCCAAGCUGCCGCACGAGAUGAGUCCAGACCUGCACCGCAAGGUGUCCGUGCAGUACUGCGCAGACAUGCUGCACAGGAAGUCCGUGAAGAGCAAGAAGCUGAAGGACAGUGGGGAUGCGUUCGGCAUUGUGGCCCCGUUUGCGCGCCGCCCGAGCGUGCACAGCGACCUGCUGUACAUCAAGGAGAAGGCGGUGGGCGGGGGUGGGGGCAAGGAGAAGGAGAGGUGCUCCAUCAGCUAAAGACCAGCAGGGAGUCCAGGUAGACAGAAGAAGAAGAAUCUUUGGAAAGAUGGGAACCUCGGCAACCCGAAGGCGCUUCGCCUGAACCGCUUCAUCCAGACGGCGGCUUUACGCACGUGCUCAGACUGGGCUGUUCGUCCGAGUCCGGCCAGGGGACACUCGGGGAAACUCGGGGACACUUGGGGGCUAUUCAGAGAAACUCGGGGGACACGGUGCGUGUCUCUCUCCCCGGGGCAACGUAUCUUCUCAGAGGGCUGGUGCCCCUGUUGAUGAACUCUCGGGAGCUCGGAGGGCGGGAAGAAGACCCGCCGACUUCAACAUCUGACGAAUGUCGCUUGUCGAAUCACGUCAACGCGUCUUGUGAUGUGGCUUCUGAAAUAAAUAGCGUGUGUAGGCUUCACAUAUCUGCUUCUGAAACCAUGCGUUGUGCUGACGCCAUGCCUUUGAACCAGAUACUGUGAGACCAGAGACCAGGAGGGGGGGGUGCCUUGGAUCCCCUCAUGUGAAGAAAAGAAAACCAGUCGUUUACAUUUUGUAUGAACUUUCUGACUGCUAAUUGUACUUGAAUGUUCCGUUGCAUUCCGAACAAUCUUUUUUAUUUACAUUAUUAUAUUUAUUGUGAAUGUUCGAUUUUUUUAGAGAAAUUAAGAAAAAGAAAAACCCGAAAAAAAAAAUAAACCAAAUAUUUCAUUA